GGAUGUAUUCAUUUAAUAACGCAGUGCGCGGCGCAAGAUUCAUACGCGUUCACGAGAGUAGCUAAUAAUCAUGUGUGCAAUGAUGUUUGAAGGUGACUGGAAGCAAAUAAGUGAACGACAGGUGUCAUACAUUGCUGAUGUGUUAAAAAAACGAGGCUUCGACGGAGCUAAGCUUACUAUAGAACCAGUUGGCAAACCAGGAGACAACUAUGCAGCAAAUGUGAAAAGAAUCAGUGCAAACAAAAAUGGACAAGUGUUUAAAAUGAUAGUGAAAAUCGCUCCUACAAUUGAACAGAUAAGAAAGGUGAUUAAUACCGCUGAGAUAUUUCAAAACGAAUGUUUAAUGUACACUAAAGUUUUGCCUAAAUUAACUGAAAUGGAAAAUCGAGCCGAUAUACCAGAAAGUGAACAGCUUCGAUACGCAGCAUGCUACGGCUGUUUGAUGGAAGAACCGAACGAAGUGAUUCUACUAGAAGACCUGCAAGUGUCUGGUUACGAAAUGCGCGAUCGAUUCAAAUCCUUAUCGAAUGACGACAUCAAGCUUGUACUCAAAAACUUUGCUAUGUUACAUUCAUCGACUUAUGCUUUAAAAACCCAAGAGCCAGACACAUAUUCGGAGAUUAAGGAAAACCUUUACAAUCUUGCCGAACUUUUCAGUAAAAGUGAAAUGGCAAUGUAUUUUACACAAUUGGAAAACGACGUGAUGUCCAUGAUGGAUAAUGAGAAAUAUAAAAAUGCAAUUAAAGGCAUAGUAACUCAAAUGACAGAUAAUAUGAUCAAACUGUGUAAGAUGGACAAGGACGCAAAAUAUUCUAUUAUACAACAGGGCGAUGCUUGGACUAACAAUAUUUUGUUUCAGAUGGAGGCAAGGAAGUCCGUUCAGUGCUGUAUGGUCGACUAUCAACAGUCCAGAAUAAAUAGUCCAGUUGGAGACCUUCUCUAUAUGCUCUUCAACUGCUCUGAUUACGAGACCAGAGCCCAACACUUCCACGAAUGGAUUGAUUUCUACCACUUUGAGCUAGAGAAACGCCUGGCCAACUACGGUCUUAAGGCCAACUUUGUUUACCCAAGAGGCCAACUGGACGCAGACUUAAAAAGGCAUGGAAGAGUGUCUCUUGGGCAAGCAGUUCUUCUCUCCAGUGUACUGUUAAGAGAAAGUGGAGAUGCGGCGAAACUGCAAGCUGCGAUGGAAGAAGGUGUGAAAAUCGAAGAUGUGAUGGAUGAGUUCAGAAUGUCCGCUAUGACGGCAGGGUUCAUACAAAAGUAUAAGAGUAGAAUUGAAGGGUUGGUGGACAGUCAUUUGGCACUUGGACUUGUGUGAUUAAAGUAUUACGAGGAUUUUUUUAAGUAUUAGUAUUGAGUAUUUUUAUAUUACUUACUUAUGUUUUAUAUUAGCUUUUUCCCGCGGCUUACCUCGCGUUAAAUUCGGGGUAUCACGGUCCCCUUUUCCUAAUGUACCAAAACUUAUCUUUCUACCUUGAAAACUGCGAAAAGUCCCAUAUACAUUGUCAGCCCUCUUUGAAAGGGUAAGGGGUAGAUUAUCACAAAAAAAUGAUGCACGAUUUUUUGUUAGUAACAAUUUUUAGCAUACUAAUUUUACAGCUUUCAACCUUGAAUAUUUUGGAAUACUCCAUAAAAACUUCCACCCACCAUUUUGGUCGACGACUUCCUUCAAUCAGCGCUUAUCGCUUUCGACCCUCCCACAGGGUCGAUUAAUUCUUUCAAAUAUUUUGUGCCGAUAACAUAGUUAUAUAUAAAUUCAGGAACUUGGAUUAUAUAUCUAUAUAUAUUAUAUUUUUAUUUUGAGAUAUCUUCAUUAGGUGAUCAUUGUUUUGGUUUAACUUAUUAUAUAGUUCACGGGGCAACGCUGCGAUUGUGAUGGGCACAUUCGGUCGAGAGGUGGUAAAAGGGAGUAUUUUUAAUUGAGCUUUUUAAUAGUUACUUACGUGUACUUACUUUUGUUUUUUUUUUAGUUUUAGUAGUAUAGUUUUAAUUAUUUGUAAUGUUAAGAUUAAUAAUAUUUAAUUGUUAAGUUUAUAUAUUUUGUGAACUUAGAUAUCUUCUUCAUAUCCAUUUUUCGAUCAGUUGCAUGCUUGGUUAAAAAAAAAAAACAAAAUUGUGAUUUAAGUAGAUACCUGGUUACAAAUUGACGACCUGGCCUUAAACUUGUACUUACUUGUACACUAAGAAUUUUAAACAUUGUUUUUGAACAAUCAUUGGCCCCGAUUCCUGCAGACACCGCCUAAUUUUAUUUUAAGUUAUAUCCGUCAUUUUCAUAUCCGUCGAAAAGGAAAGGGACGGAUGAUUCACAGCUCUUAAUUUUAGGAAGAAUGAGUAAAUGAAUGAAUAACCCGGGCGAAUCAAAAAGGUAUGUCGCUGGUAUGCAAUCCGUUUGACGUGCUUUCUACUUACCUGUGUCGGGUUAUUGACUGAUGUAAAAUUUUUAGACGGUUGUUUUAGAUUUGUCCUUAAAAUUGACGUGUGUUCCAUAAAUUUUAUGCUUGUCGAUUACCCGUCCUUUUCCUUUUCGGCGGAUAAGAAAAUGACAGAUAUAACUUAAAAUAAAAUUAGAUGGUAUUUACAGGAAUUAGCACCAUUAUCAGCUUUGUAAAAGUUAUAGACCGAAAGUUCACAGUUUAUAUUCUUAUCUGUAACUAUACGUAUACAAAUUGUUAUUAUGUAAAAUAAAUAAAUAUUGUGUAAAAUAAAUAAAUGACUAAGCAAUAGAUUAGAUAAACCGACCGUUGCAAAGGUUUGCAGCAAAUCUUAUCAAAUAAUGUCUACCGUGAAUAGGAAACGUAUAAUCACACCGCACACGCAUACACAGGAAAAUAUUAAUUCAUGUUAUUACUGUACAUUAUUAAUUGUUGAUUUACUUACUGUUAGAAUAUUAUAUAGCAUAAAAAAAACAAAAUAUAGCACUAA